AUGCAGGGACCAGCGAGGCGGCGGCUGCGAAGCUCAGUGAGCGCACCGAGGCCCGGACGGCCCCAGACAGCCAGUCUCGGGAGCGGGAGGCUGGGGGCCCGGCCUCCGGCCCGGUGCUGGGGGGCUUCUCGAGGAGGAAGACCCCGAAGGCCAGAGGGCUCUGGAAAAUUCUGCUCCUUGCAGGUCCAGCCUUUCCUGCCAGCAUGGCUGGCUGAGCCAAGCUGUGUCAGGAAGAAUGUCACCGAGGAUCUUGUUCCGAUCGAGGACAUCCCUGAGGUGCAUCCUGACCUGCAGAAGCAGCUGCGUGCACAUGGCAUCUCGGCCUACUUUCCAGUUCAGGCAGCUGUGAUUCCUGCCCUCCUGGAGAGUGUGGCCACUGGGUUCCUGGUGGGCAGAGGUGGCUACCAACCCAGUGACCUCUGCAUUUCUGCCCCGACGGGCAGUGGGAAGACAUUGGCCUUUGUCAUUCCUGUGGUGCAGGCCCUGCUGCACCGAGUGGUCUGCCAGGUCCGUGCGCUGGUUGUGUUGCCCACUAAGGAGCUGGCUCAGCAGGUGAGUAAGGUGUUCAACGUCUACACAGACGCCACGCCUCUGCGGGUCGCCCUGGUCACCGGGCAAAAGUCGCUGGCCAAAGAGCAGGAGAGUCUUGUCCAGAAGACAACAGAUGGCUACCGCUGCCUAGCUGACAUUGUCGUGGCCACGCCUGGCCGCCUGGUGGACCACAUAGACCAGACCCCAGGAUUCAGCCUCCAGCAGCUCCGCUUUUUGGUAGUUGACGAGGCUGACCGCAUGAUAGACAGCAUGCACCAGUCCUGGCUGCCGCGGGUGGUGGCCGCAGCCUUCCACAGUGAGGGUCCUGCAGACCCCUGUGCCCUGCUCCAGAGAAGGCAGCCCCAGAUUGUGACCGCUGCCAGCACCUGCUGUCCCCAGAUGCCUCUCCAGAAGCUGCUGUUCUCAGCCACCCUGACCCAGAACCCUGAGAAGUUGCAGCAGCUUGGCCUCUACAAGCCCCGGCUCUUCUCCACGGGGCCGAUGCACAAGGGCCCUCAAGACAGGGGUGUGGAGGCAGACGAGGACUCAGCGGGGAAGUACACCUUCCCUGUGGGGCUCACACACCACUACGUGCCCUGCAGCCUCAGCUGCAAGCCGCUUGCUGUCGUGCACCUGGUCCUUGGGCUGCGCGUCUCCAGGGCCCUCUGCUUCACCAACUCCCGAGAGCACGCUCACAGGCUUUUUCUGCUGGUGCAAGCAUUUGGGGGUGUGAACGUGGCCGAGUUCUCCUCUUGCCUUGGGCCUGGCCAGAGGAAGAAAAUCUUGAAGCACUUUGAACAGGGCAAGAUCCAGCUCCUUAUCAGCACUGAUGCCACCGCCCGCGGCAUUGAUGUGCAGGACGUGGAGCUGGUGAUCAACUACGACGCCCCCCAGUAUCUGAGGACCUACGUGCACCGGGUGGGGAGGACAGCUCGAGCUGGGAGAAGCGGACAGGCCUUCACGCUGCUCCUCAAGGUCCAGGAGAAGCGGUUCCUCCGGAUGCUGGCAGAAGCCAGGGCACCUGAGCUAGCACGGCACGAGAUCCCCAGUGAGCUGCUGCAGCCAAUGGUCCCUCGGUACGAGGAGGCCUUGUCCCAGCUAGAGAAGAGGGUCAAGGAGGAGCAGAAGCAGAAGGCGACCUAGGCUGCCGGAGCGGCUCUGCCCCCUCACUGGCUUCCUGUGGGCACAGGUCGGGAGCCCCCAGGGCUGCUGCAGCGGCCCCCGCUAGGCACAGCGUCACGUCUGAGCCAGGCAGCCUGGACCUCGGGCCCAGGCCGUGCAGUCCAUGCUGGGGCAAGCUGGUCUCAAGCCCUGGUGGUGCUGAUGGCACCUGUAGCUGCCUGGCUGAGGGCUGGGGUCGCCUUGACCCUGCCAGAUGUGCCUCUGAUGCCAGGGUCCUACCUCCUGGGAGACGCCACCUGGCCUGAGGCAGAUCCACAGCAGGGCCUCCCAGGAGUGGAACGGGAAGAGACCUGGAAGCGCUCGCCUCUCUUUAUAAAAAGCCUUCCUUUGGAAGUUUUAAUAAAUUUUUUGAAGGACA